AUGAAGCACUUGCACAGUCCUAUGGACUGGCUUGUUGCUUUCAUGCUACUGUUCGGUUUGACCAAUUGCCAGGACUACGAUGCAUAUCAGGAGUUUAUUACCACUGAAAGCGAACGCGGUCUCUUUCCCAGCAUUUUUAACCUGGCAACAAACUCCUUGAUAAACGCUACAGCCACUUGUGGGUACUCACGUCGAGAGGAGUACUGUAAGCUUGUUGAACACGUGUUGUUGAGGAAAACUGCAGCUGGAGGUUCACCUCAGUGCGAUAUCUGCGAUGCCAAUGAUGCUCAACACCGGCAUCCCAUAGAAUUCGCUAUCGACGGGACCAGAAGAUGGUGGCAAUCCCCAUCACUGGCGAAUGGUUUGCAGUAUGAACGAGUCAACAUCACGCUCGAUUUACGACAGGAAUAUCAAGUCGCUUAUGUCAUCGUCAAGAUGGGUAACGCUCCCCGGCCGGGAACAUGGGUUUUGGAAAAAUCGCUAGAUGGUGUCCACUACGAAGCUUGGCAAUACUUUGCCACGUCCGAUGCUGAAUGUAUGCGGCAAUUUGGGAUUCCAGCAACUACCGGAGUGCCAAAGUAUCAGCGUGACGACGAGGUUCAUUGCACCAGCGAGUAUUCCAAAAUCACACCACUGGAAGGUGGUGAGAUCCAUACCUCCCUGGUCAAUGGCCGCCCUGGUGUGGAAAAACCAUCUCUGGAGCUGCAGAAAUUUACCCGAGCCCGUUUUGUACGAUUGCGAUUGAUUUCACCACGAACUCUGAAUGCGGAUCUUAUGAUUAUCAAUAGACAUCAUAAUAGAAUUGACAGAUCUGUAACUAUGAGAUAUUUCUAUUCGAUCUCGGACAUAUCGAUUGGUGGGCAGUGUAUCUGCUAUGGACACGCUGAAAGUUGCCCAAGCGAUCCAGUUACUGGGCAAUUCAAAUGCGAAUGCCGUCACAAUACCUGCGGCGAGUCCUGUAACAGAUGCUGUCCGAUGUUCAAUCAACUACCGUGGAAGCCGGGAACGCAUUUAAUUCCAAACAUUUGUCAACAAUGUCAGUGCUUUAAUCACGCUGACUCCUGUGUCUAUGAUGAAGAAUUGGACAAUAACAAAUGGUCGAUCACACCCGAAGGAGUUUACGAGGGAGGAGGUCGAUGCGUCGAGUGCAAGCACAACACCGAAGGUUUUAACUGCGAAAGAUGCAAAGAUGGUUACUAUCGACCAAGUGGACUUUCUCACUACAGAGAAGAUGCAUGCCGAACUUGUGAUUGCGAUCCUACCGGAUCUGUUAGCGAUGUCUGCAUUCGAGACGAUCAAAGCGCACUUUCUGGACAACAUCCCGGUGAUUGCGUCUGCAAGCCAGGAUUUGGAGGACGUCGCUGUGAACGUUGUGCUCGUGGCUACCGUAACUAUCCUAAAUGUGAACCUUGUCCAUGCAACCAGGCUGGUUCGGUGAACUUUGAUACCUGUGAGGAAGAGAAGUGCAAAUGCAAGGCGAACGUCGAAGGCCUGUAUUGUGAUCGCUGUCGACCAGGAACGAUUCACCUAAGCGCUGACAAUCCUCUCGGAUGUCAGGCUUGCUUCUGCUUUGGAAUGUCAGACAAAUGUCGUGAGAUUCCAUGGGCUACUGCUCUGAUCUCAAACAAUGUCGGCUGGAAUCUGACAGACCUUAGCGGAGGACGAGAUGUACGACCAGAAGUAGAAAAUCGUGAAGUGUUGAUGUUCAAUGCUAAUCAGAAUAAGGACCGAUCAUUGUUUUACUGGAAGGCUCCUGAUACUUUUACCGGGAACAUGCUCAACAGCUACGGAGGAAAUCUUCACUAUUUUGUCUAUUAUGUACCAAUGGAGCAAGGAAAUAGUGUACCCGUCGCUGAUUUAGUUAUCGAGGGUAACGGUAUCAAGAUCGAGUACUAUACCAGGAUGGAUUUCUUCCCAAGGGAAAAUAUGACUGUAGAGAUUCCCAUAAGAGAAGGCCCGGGAUGGUACAAUUCCGUAACCAGAACACCAGCGGACAAAGCUGAUAUGCUGAGAGCCUUGGCUGGUGUGGAACGAUUUCUAGUGAGAGCGAUGUAUCAACAACAACAGCUGCAAAGCAGUAUCUUCGGACUGACGCUUGACACAGCCGUACCUCCACCAGAGGGAAGUCCUGUGGAAAACGAUAUCGAUAUCCUGCAUCCGGCAAUGCCAGAUACGAGAAUGCGAGGAGUAGAAGUUUGCGAAUGUCCAGAGAAUUUUGCUGGAAAUAGUUGUGAGUCUUGCGUUCCCGGCUACCGGCGAGUCAACAACCAGCUGUACGGUGGACGAUGUGAGAAGUGUACCUGCCAAGGACAUACGGACACUUGUGAUCCAUUCACUGGAGAGUGUACCAACUGUCAGCAUAACACUACUGGAUCCCGUUGUGAGCUUUGCUUGCCGGGGCAUUAUGGAAAUCCUUCUCUCGGUGGAGAGCUAGGAGCUUGUAGACCAUGCGCAUGCCCUACCGUAGAGAACAGUCGGUCAUCAGAAUGCGUGAUGACGCAGCUUGUCGUCGCGGGACCAGCAGCAUCUCAAGAAGAUGCCUAUGUUUGUACUGCUUGCGAACGAGGUUACGAAGGCAACAAGUGUGAAGUAUGCGCCGACGGAUAUUUCGGAAAUCCUCUCGAGCCCAACGGAACUUGUGUUGAGUGCGACUGUAACGAUAAUGUGGAUCCGAUGGCGAUUGGUAAUUGUGAUGUGCAAACCGGAAGAUGCUUGAAGUGUAUUGGUGACACCAUGGGUGAACACUGCGAGCUUUGCAAAGAAAAUCACUGGGGAUCAGCAUUGGAUCACACCUGCAAAGCAUGUGGUUGUCACCAUGUUGGAGCCGUAUCGCCACAAUGCAGCCAGCUAGACGGUGAAUGCACCUGCAAAGAAAACUACAUCGGAAGACAAUGUGAUCGAUGCAUGGACGGUCAUGGCGAUAUCGAGAAUGGUUGCCCAGCUUGCGAAUGUGACAUUAUUGGCAGUAUUGGAGAUCAGUGUGAUGCCAUCAGUGGACAAUGCACCUGUAAGCAAGGAGUCUUUGGCAAGAGAUGCGAUCAAUGCCGUCCGUCCUACUUCAACUUUACGGACGCUGGUUGUCAAUUCUGUCAUUGCAACAUCUACGGUUCGAUUGAAGAUGGAAAGUGCAACAACGUGACUGGCAAAUGUGAAUGUCGUGACAAUGUUGACGGAACAAUGUGCGAAAAAUGCGCUGAUGGAUUUUUCAACAUCACCAGUGGAGUCGGAUGUCAGGCCUGUAAAUGCGAUCCUACGGGCUCGGACGGCGAGGCUUGUGACCUACAUUCAGGACAAUGCGUUUGCAAACCAGGAGUGACUGGCUUGAAAUGUGAUCAGUGCAUGCCAAAUCACUAUGGUUUAAAUGAAGAGGGAUGCAAAGAAUGCCAAGCUUGUCCAGCUCCUGGGCAGGUAUGUGACCCGAUCACUGGCGAGUGCGUCUGCCCACCGAAUACGGUGGGAGAGAUGUGCGAAAAUUGCACGGAAAACGCUUGGGACUACCAUCCACUGAAAGGCUGUAAACUGUGCGAAUGCUCGGAGGUUGGCAGCAGUGACGGAAAAUGCGACUUCCGCACAGGACAGUGCAAAUGCCGUGAGGAAUUCGUUGGUUUACGAUGCGAUCGGUGCACUCACGGAUUCUUCGGCUUCCCGGAUUGCAAGUCUUGUGAUUGUGAGCCAGGUGGUACGGAUCCACUCCAGUGCAAGGAAGGAUUGUGUCUAUGUAAUGAGAAGGGAGAAUGUCCUUGCAAGAAAAACGUCAUCGGUGAGAAAUGUGAUCAGUGCAAGGAAGGCACAUUUAGCUUGGACGCCUCAAAUAUGCUUGGUUGCACGGAAUGCUUCUGUUUCAAUAGGAGCACAACUUGUGAGCAGAGCAAACUUAUGUGGGCACAAACCUAUGCUGAAGAUCGACGAGCUGUUUUUGAGGAACCGUGGGAGUAUUACACCAAAAAACACAAUCUAAACUUGCUCAAGGACUACCCGGCACGAUACAACAGUUACCCUACUGAUGCUACACCGCUGUAUUGGCCAUUGCCAAAAUCGAUGCUUGGUGAUAGGACAGGAAGCUAUAAUGGAUUUUUGAGGUUCACGAUUUGGAACGAGGACAAUCGCCGCGGUAUCGAAGGGAUUCGCCCAGAUAGCCAAUAUUUCCGGUACUUCCCACAGGUGGUACUCAUCGGCAAUAAUAGGAUUGAACUGGAGCACAUACCCAUGGACAUUGCAGAGGAUGGGAAAUACAAGGUUCGCCUCCACGAAUCCGAAUGGCGUUCUCGUCAAAGUCCCGAAAUGCCAGUCACUCGCAAACAGUUGAUGAUUGCCCUGCAAAACCUUCAAGGCAUCUACAUUCGUGGCACCUACAAUUACCCAGCCAGAGGAGAUGCGAUCUCCAUGGUCGAGGUGUCGCUUGACGUCGCCGUGCCGGAAUCAUCCGAAACAUCCGGUUCCACAGCUAUCGGUGUGGAGCAGUGCAGCAACUGUCCGCAGGGCUUUGCUGGAUUGUCUUGCCAAAAUCCGGCCACGGGAUACUGUAGAAAGAAGCAGAGGGACUACCUAAAUUCACCGGAUGAUAUGUCACUUGUUGGUUGGUCUGAACCUUGCGCCUGCAAUGGACACUCUGUCACUUGUCAUCCAGAGACUUGUGUCUGCACGAACUGUGAACAUAAUACUUUGGGCGAUCACUGCGAUCAGUGCAAAAGUGGUUAUAUUGGAGAUGCUAGACAAGGUGGAGAGAAUGCCUGUACAAAGUGUGCUUGUCCAUUGGUAGAAAACUCGUUCAGCGACACUUGCGUGGCCGUGGAUUACGGUAGAGGAUAUGUGUGUAACGCUUGUAAGCCUGGUUAUACUGGACAAUACUGUGAAAGCUGUGUCGUCGGGUACUUUGGACAACCGUCCGUACCCGGUGGCUUCUGCCAAUCAUGCGAUUGCCACCCAGAUGGCUCUCUACACGGCGCCUGCAAUCCCCUUACUGGAGAAUGCGAAUGCCGUCCUGGAGUGACUGGACGAGAUUGCAGUCGUUGCCAACAUCGUCAUGCUUUCAUAGGAGGAGUUUGCACAUCGUGUGACCAAGGAUGCUACUUACCAUUGAUGACGAUGGUAGACGAGCUGGAAGUGACAUUGGCUAAUCAGAAUUUCUCGAAUCUUCGGCCGAUUCCAUGGAAAAGAUUGUCUAGAAUUGGCAAUAAUACAGAGUUGAUUGCCGAGUUUAUGAGAGGUCUUGGUGAAGGUGGUGACGGCGAAAUUGGCAUCGUCAGAGACAGCAAAUAUACUAAAGAGGCUUUCGCUGUGGUUGAAGGGGCUCGAUUCCAAAUGGAUCGUAUGAACAAAAGCGCCACAUCGUUGGAGCAAUUCACCAAGCUGGCGGAAGGUAUUAUUAACGAAUCACAGCUGACUUACGCUACCGUAUUCAACACCACUCAAUUUUUGAAGCAUUUCCAUACGUACGGUGGAACAUCGGUAGGAGGGGCUACGCUGGAUGCUUGGGCUCUAGAAGCUGAAGCACAUUAUAAUGCUACCCUAGAUCGUGGCGAAUACAUAGAAAAACGACAUAAUCGAGCUGAGCAAGAGCACAAGAAAACUGAGGAGCUGUUAAAGCGAGUUUUGGCCAAUAAACUCAAUGAUACCGCGUUAGAAGACCUGCUCAAUCGAUCGGAAGAGUUUGAUCAAUGGCUAGAGGACUUCAGAGCAACUAUCUACGACAGCGCAAAGAAAGAUACCACCGAAGCAGAACGCAUGAGCAAAGUAGUAGCUAUGCGAAUUGAUAGAUAUAAGGAAGUCAGCAAUGAGAUCGAGAAGUUGCGAGCAGAAGCUGAAGAAGAUUUGGCAAAGGCUAGAGACUCAGUUGAUCAAGCGAAGGGCAAAGAACUUCUGAAUCUAUUUGAUGACAGUCGCGCCAUUAAUGAGACACUCGAUACAGCGGAACAGCUAUCCCAAGAAUGUCGGAACAUCUCAAUGAUGUACGCUCAACUGAUCGACGAAUAUGACGAUAUAUUUGUGCAAAAUGCUGCUGAGCAUGCUGGAACACUCGAGCGAGCUGGAGCUUUGCUAAUAAAUUCUUUUACGGCAACUCGUACAGAGGCAGAGAAUCCUCUCAAGGCGUCACAAGCUUAUGAGGAGAUAGCAUCUGCUUUGAAAAAUGCUACGAAGGCUGCGGAGACGGCUGUGAAAGCUGCUGAAGAUGCUUACGCCGAAGCAGACGAAAAAUCAGAAAAUUCCAUGGUUAAAAAAGUAACUGAUUCGGAAAAGAACAGUCAGGCUUUGGCAGACGAAGCUCGUGAAAUCCGAAAGCAGUGGGAGACGUCUGACAUGGAGAACGAACGCAAGCAGUUGGAUGAACGUUUGGCUUAUGUAAACGAACAGAAUAUCGAUAUGAUCAAGAGAAAUGAUGUGGUGAAAAACCAAUGGUCGAAAUUUGAUGACCAUCACGAUCGGACCAUUGGUCUACAGUCUGUGGCUCGUGACGCGGAUAAACGUGCUGAAAUAGCUCGAAAAGCUACCGAAGCUUUGGUUACGGAGGUGAAAGAGAUUGCUGAACAAACGAACAAGUUGCUCAACAGUACGGGACAAGGAAUCCGAGAAGACAUCGAACAGGUCCGCAAAGCACGUCUGAACUUGGAGAAAGAUCGCGCAGCUUUGAUGAAAGUAGGCGGAGUCAGCGCCACGAAUCGUAAUCGCGCGGAUGAGAUGCAAAAACAACUUGCAUUGCUUAAAGAUAAGAUCAACGAAGCUCGCGAAAAAGCGCAACAGAUUCGUCUGUCUUUGCGAUCCGAUGAGCGCGGUGUGUGCCAACGUUCAUUUACCUCACCAGCACAUCCGUCCCCCUCGAACUCGUUUUCGAUCAAAUAUCGUCCACUUCGGAAUGUACCCGAUAGUGCAGUCUUUAUCACCAGAACUAAACCAAGGCGUACACAUCCUAGCGAGUUCAUAGCCAUCGAGGUCCGUGAUAAGCGUGUCGUAGCCCACUGGAAUGUUGGGGGAGGAGCGAAAAUGGCAACCAACAGCCAUUCAAUCCUAUACAUCCCAAAUACAGAUCGAUCGAAUUGGUAUCAUAUCGAUGUCGAACGCAUUGGCAACGCACUAAAUCUUACGGUAGCCCUGAAAGAGACUGUAACUGGUGCAGCUGAUAAGUUGCGCACCGAUGCCGUGAGCGUGUUCGUUGGAGACGGAGAAUACGAUGGUGAAGUACUGUUCAAUACUAUUCCGGGUGAGACAGAGAUCUCGAUGGGAACGGAUCCUGAAAGUGCAGCCGAGAUGGGUCUUGCCACGAAUAAGUUCCAUGGAGUUAUUGGCGGAAUAACGAUCGAUGAGGUUUCCAUUCCACUCUGGGCAUUCUCAGGCAGUUCUACAGAAUGCGAAGGAGCUCCGGCACCGCCACAGCCGACUGUACGAGGAUACAUGUUCCGCGAUGGCUUUGCUGUAAUGGAACUUGCAACGUUUGAGCGCACUGUUUCGUCCUUGACAGUCAUAUUUAACGCCUAUUCACCGAACGGAUUACUAUACUUCCGCGGAUCUGAGACCACUGGAGACUUUAUCAUUCUACAAUUGAAGGACGGUCACGUAGUGUUCAAAAUAAAUCUUGGUAACGGCUCUCAAGCUGAGCUCACCUCGAAGGGAUCUUACUCGGAUGGACGUGAACAUACCGUAAAGGCGAUACGUAGCGGUGGAGAAAUCCAUCUUCAGGUCGACAGCGACGCGGAUCGCUUUUCAACAACUAUUCCUGGCGAAAAUACGGCUUUGAACAUUGAAACGGAUAUGCAUUAUGUGGCUGGAGUGCCCAACUCAUUCAAGAUCGAUAGAUUUGAUGCAAAUAUCGAAUGGAAGGGAUUCUUCGGAUGUAUACAUAGCGUGAAGCCAUCACAGGCAUCCGAACUGAAUCUGGACCACCCGGUUAGAUGGCAACGUCGCGAACCUGGAUGUCAUUUCAGCGCUGCCAUGCUGAUUCCUACCGAUCGCAUUGUCGGAUUUUCAAGACCUGGUUAUCUUCUCCAAAGAGGAGUUAUCAUGGAUAACAACUCGACAUUUGGAUUUGGCUUUCGCACUAAAGAAGAGAAUGGCACACUCAUCUUCCAAUCGUCGAGGCUAGCUACAUUCCGCCGAAAGCAGAGAGAUGCGGAAAGCGAUGGGAGGGGUUACAUGGCAUUCUACUUAUUCCGUGGUUAUCUCGUUUUACACUUUGGCAAGGAUGCAUCGUCCCGAAAUCUCGUAGUAACCAUUCGUUCGAGUCAGAUGUAUAACGACGGACAGCUGCAUUCGGUGUUCAUGAGCAGAAAAGGCAAAUUUGUCCGCCUUCGCGUCGAUGACAAGGAAGUUGGCGAGAAGCAAACUCUCAACGACGAAUCUGAUAUUGGAACGGACUCAAGUCAAAUGUAUAUCGGAGGAUUUGCUGAACGCUCCAGACCACCGAAUAACGAAAUUCCCACCACUGUGCCGCUGAUCGGAUGUGUUUCUGAUAUGUUCCAUAACUACAAAAAAAUCCCAAUCGUACCGAUCGCGCAUAGCGCACAAAUUGGAACGUGUCCAAUCGAAUCACCGAACUUUUCCACUCCAAUCGAUGAACCGCUGGAUCUGGAUAGCAUCGGGGGGCAUCGCAAAGAUUCACGAUUGAAUCAUCAAAUGGAACCAACUUAUCACGAUGCUGAAAAACUAGUUGCUCCAAUGGAUGAAAAGCCAUCAAAAGACGUAUCCAUGACAACUUGUGGUGGUGGUUUCAAUUCGGCCAUUCGAGAUGCCACAAACCUUGGGGACUCAUCAAGGUCUAGCGAUGCAGUGAGAUUUGGAAUAUCAAAAAGUUCACAUAGUCGCGUGAAUUUUGAAGGAAAACAGUAUCCAAAUAUAUCCGAUUUCCAAAUCUCGUUCUCUAUGCGAACCGAACAACCUACUGGAAUGAUAUGGGUUUGGGCAAACUACAAAAAUUUCACUCGAUACUUCUAUCUCAACCUGAUUGAUGGAUUCGCUACUAUCGAGGUGAAAGGGAGAAAUCCAGAACCGAAGAUUCUUGAAUGUAAAGAACGCAAGCUAGACGAUGGACAUUGGCAUGAUAUAGUCAUCAUCAAAAAGGAAAAGGAACUGAUACUGAUGGUGGACGAGUUGCUGCCAGCCUCUAUCAACGAUUGCCCAACACCGAAAGUUAUGCGAAGGCGAAUGUAUAUCGGAGGCGUUAUAUCCAAGCAUCGUUCCACUUUCAACCUACAGACUCCUGGAUACGAUGGAUGUAUUAGAGAUUUCAAGGUGAAUAAUGUCGUGCAAAGCUUGGAAGGCGAAUCAUCCCGUGACAUCAUCCCAUGUGCUCGUCCCACUAAAGGAAUGUACGCCCACGAAGGGGGAUUUGCAGUUUUUGAUGGACUCUACAAACAUAUCAAAGACGGCUCUCGAAACAUCGACAUCUCGUUGAGUUUCCGACCAAUCGUAGACGAGGGUACGGUAGUGGCCCUUGUGACCAACAGUAACCCCGAGAGGGCACGUCUUACUAUCGAGAUCAAGCAUGAUAAGGUGAUGGUUACCAUAAUCCACAAAGCCAGCGGACUGGAAAUACGAGAUGCUAUACCAGUUCGUCGUCCACUAUGUGAUGGAGAUUGGCAUACCUUGCAUCUCUUUGUGGGAGAGAAAAUGAUGGAAAUCAAGAUUGACGGGGAGCGUAACGAACUUCCAGUAGAUCACAUGUCUCCAGAAGCUCGAGAUCUGCUACUCAACUUACCUUUGAAUAUUGCUGGAGUGUCAGCACCUGUAGCGGAAAAAUUGCUGAUGACUUCGCUGGUCGGAUGCUAUAAGGACCUAAAGCUGGCUGGGCAUCCCAAGUAUUUCGAGAGCGCUCAGAAAAGUAACAAAGUAGCAGUGGAUGCCUGCCCAUUCCAAUAAACGAAAAUUACAUUGUCUUUUAGAUUAUAGGUAUUCAGACUAUUAAUAUCUUUUCGCUGUUUUCUUAUUUUAUAUAUGAUCUUCACUAGGCA